UAUAAAAUGAACUUGAAGGUUUUUAAAAUGUUCACAAAAACUUUGAAAAAUAUAAUUAAUUAUAUGCUGUGGUAUAGAUCUACAGCAAUGUAAGCAAUGUAGAUUUCUAACAACUGCAGAUUCUACUGAUUGUGUGUUGUCUUAAAUAUUUUUUCUUGUCAAAUCCAGGGUCACUAAUGAAGUAGGCUAGCCUACAUAUGAUUUAUGUUUUAUCAGCUGAUCUCCCAUUAAUGGCUAUUGCAUAGACUGUUGAGCACCGUAUAAUAGUUUGCACAAAAUAGAAGAAGCUAUUUUGCAUAAUACAUUCCAUCCCUAAUCUGGCAACCAGUGUAAUCGACCCUACAAGUGAUAGCACGCGCUGUCGUGUCACGUGAUGAGGAUCACAAGAUUCAGCGUGACAGCAAGCGCAAAACAAUCAAGUGUUGAGUGAGUUAAAUACGACAUUCAGUCCACCUCAAGUCAGAAGUGAGCGCUGUACUGGAGCUGUAUGGUCGUUGACAGACUUAUUUUCUAAUCAUGAAACUGUUUAACUUCUUACUGAAAGAUGUCACGCACAAAAUCGAAUAUUAUUCAAGGUUCUCGCCCUCACCGAUGUCAAUCAAGCAAUUUCUGGAUUUUGGCAGGGACAAUGCAUGUGAAAAAACCUCCUACAUGUUUCUGAGGAAAGAACUAGCAGUGAGGUUGGCCAACACGAUGAGGGAAGUCUCCUUGUUACCCGUGAGUCUUCAGAGCCAGCCAUCCAUCAAACUGCUCGAGUCCUGGUACAGCCAGAGCUUUAAAGAGCUGUUAGAGUAUGAGAAAAGAAGUCCGGAGGAUCCCUGCACCCUUAAGGACUUCCUAGAGAUCCUGAUUAAGAUUCAGAAAAGGCACAGUGACGUGGUGCCCACAAUGGCGCAGGGUGUCAUCGAAUACAUAGAGAAGUUUGGUUUUGACCCCUUCAUCAGCAGCAAUGUGCAGUACUUUCUUGACCGCUUCUACACCAACCGCAUUUCUUUCCGCAUGCUCAUCAACCAGCACACUCUUCUGUUUGGUGACACCGCUUGUCUUGCACAACCAAAACACAUCGGAAGCAUCGACCCAGCGUGCAAUGUCGCUGAGGUGGUGAGAGAUGCAUAUGAGAGCGCAAAGAUGGUCUGUGAUAAGUACUACAUGACAGCUCCUGAACUGAAGAUCUGGGAAAUCAACUGCAAAGCUCCAAAGAAGCCUAUACAGGUGGUCUAUGUGCCCUCUCAUCUUUUCCACAUGCUGUUUGAGCUCUUCAAGAACUCCAUGCGGGCAACAGUGGAGCUCUAUGAAAACAGCAGUGAGGGGCUUCCUCCAGUGAAAGCACUGGUUACUCUGGGAAAAGAGGAUCUCUCAAUAAAGAUUAGUGACAAAGGUGGCGGUGUCCCCUUACGAAUGAUCGAUCGUCUCUUCAAUUACACGUAUUCCACUGCUCCAACACCACAUCUUGAUCCUUCACACAUUACUGUGCCACUGGCUGGUUUUGGCUACGGACUGCCAAUCUGUAGACUCUAUGCACGCUACUUUCAGGGAGAAUUGAGCCUGUACUCGAUUGAAGGGUUUGGGACGGAUGCAGUAAUUCAUCUUAAGGCUCUUUCUAGUGAGUCUAUUGAGCGUCUUCCAGUCUUCAAUAGGUCAGCAUGGCGACAUUAUCAGACAGGUCCCGAGGCUGAUGACUGGAGUAACCCGAGAAGCGACCCACGAGAUGCAUCCACGUACAAAGCCAACAGAUGACUUAACUAUACCUAAUAUAGUAAUAGUGAUGGAAUUACAGCCACAACGCAUUUACAGAAAUGUAUUCUAGGCCUUUAUUGGGCUUGCUUACUAAAUUAUAGUUUUACAUUAGUGAGAGUGUGGAGGAUGUUGGAAUAAUGUUAUAUGGAGUAACAUUAGUAAACUAGAAUGUUAGUAGUGUAUGAUGUACCAUGUGGCAUUUUUUUAAUUUGCUUUUGUAUGGUAUAUUUAUUUGGGGAGAAAUGCCUAUAACUUUUAAACUUUUUGGGUCAGUGAGACUUUUGUUUAUUUUAUUUAUUUAUUUAAAAAGGACACAUUUAGUUAGUCAAAAUCAAAAUCAAAAUCAUCAUUAAAAACACUGAUGAUGUUAGAAAAUGUUUCGGGAACACUUUCUAUAAAGCCUGUAUCUAUAAUACAUUAUAAGGACAUUCUUAAAGUAUUAUAAUUAAUACAUAAUGCAUUAUAAUAAAACAUAUAAUAUGUUGUAUCAUCUCAUUAAUAUUAAUAAGAACAGUUUUAAUAUAAUAUUUACUUAUGUGUGGUUAUAGCUUUUAAGAGUAUGAUGAUUUAUAACACAAUGAAUGCGUUGCAUCCACUUUUACGAUUGAUUAUAUUUCUCAUAGUUAUAAUGUAUUAUAAGUCUCAUAUCUUGCCAUUUUUAUGUUGCUACUUUACUUAAGGCGGUCAAAGACCACUUAUAAGUAGUAAAAAUAAUAUUAAUAAUAAUAAUUUUGCUCUCAAACAGCCAUAAGAUCAUAUAACAGAUCAGAUAAAAGUGUAAUAUGACACAUUUGCUUUAAACAAUUCUUAUUGUAAUAUCAGUUUAAUUAUUUUGAUGGUACCCUUUAGACAGCUGUUGAUAAGUAACUCCGCAACUACAUAUCAACUAGCAGUCAUUAGAGUAUGUCUGCUACUGUAAAUGUAUGCUAAUGCUUUAUUUUGAUGCUCAACCAACAGAUAAACUGAAUAUAAGUGUCUUUGCAAGUACGUCGUCAACUUAUUCCAUCAUACUAGAUUCUUCUUGAGCAUACUAAUACUCUAAUGAGAGUUAAUUGGUAUGUAGUUGCAAAGUUGCUUAUAGUUGAUUGAUUAAGGGGACCAUCAAAAUAAAAUGUAACCAUAUAAAAAAAAAAAAUCAUUUUUUUUUUCAGUUGGAGUAUUAAGCUCACAUCAACUAAUUAACAUUAGCUCUACAGGAAACACUCAAAUAACACUCAACAUCUAACCACUCACAAACUGAAGUAAGAUACUGUGCAGAUCUUAAAUAAACAAUAUCAAGGUAUGAUACAGUCCAUUAUACCGUAAAUGAAAUAGAUUUAAUAUGGUGUUCGUUGUGUGUUAUAAAUAAUCAAACUCUUAAACUUAUAACCACAUAUACGUUAAGUAUUAUGAUGUAUUAUAAUUGUUGUUAUGAUUAUUCAUGAGUUGAUAUAACAUAUUAUAAGGUUUUCCUUAAUGCAUUAUUCAUUCAUUAUAAUGCCUUAAGAAUACCCUUAUAAUGUAUUAUAAAUACGGGCUUCAUAGAAAGUGUUACCAAGUUCUCUAAGUGCUUUGCAUGAAAAUGCAGUCUUGGGUAUAAGUGACCCCUAAUUUUGAAUGGACAUUUAAUUUAUUACGAAAUUAAAUCUACUAUAAAAUACUUUUCAAGUAUUUCGACAGAUUAAUGAAAAAACAGCACAUGGAUUUUAGUUUCAGUGUCCACCCAGUGUAUUUUUUCGGACAGAUAUUUUCAUUUCAGUGCAUUUCUAAAUUCUUCUGAAGAAACACAUAAUGCAAAAGCACUGAUAGCACUUUAAGGUGAGUUUUGGAUCCACAAUGGUACUAUGGAUUAAAGCCCAUUUGUAAUAGAAUGUGACUCAUGAAUGAAGUUAUAUAUCAAUAACA